GCUCCCGGCGCGGGCAGUGCGGCGGGUUUCGGCGGGCUCCGGAGGUGGGGCGGCGCGGGCGGAGGACACAUGGUGAUGCUGUCUCAGAGCCAGAACAAUGAGUGAAUUUCGGAUCCACCAUGAUGUCAACGAGCUGCUCAGCCUGCUGCGCGUGCGUGGAGGGGAGGGGGCCGAGGUUUACAUCGACCUGCUGCAGAAGAACCGGACCCCAUACGUCACCACCACCGUGUCUGCGCACAGUGCCAAGGUUAAAAUAGCGGAAUUUUCUCGUACUCCAGAAGACUUUCUAAAGAAAUACGAUGAACUGAAAUCUAAAAACACACGGACCCUUGACCCGCUGGUGUACCUGCUGUCAAAGCUCGCGGAGGACAAAGAGACGCUGCAGUACCUACAGCAGAAUGCGAAGGAGAGAGCUGAGCUGGCAGCCGCGGCCGCCGCCAGCAGCACCACCAGCCUCGGCGCCCCGGCCCCAGCCGCCAGGAUCUCCCUGCAGGAGCUCGAGGAGCUGAGGAAGCAGCUGGGCAGCGUGGCUGCAGGCUCCACGUGGCAGCAGUCUCUAGAACUUACAAGAAAAAUGCUCCGCGACAAGCAGAACAAAAAAAACUCGGGCCAGCGCCUCCCCGUCUUCCCGGCGUGGGUGUACGAGAGGCCCACGCUGGCUGGGGACUUCCUCACCGGCUCGGGCUUAAGCACCGACACCACUGUGCCCAUAGGCUCGCUGCCCCUGGCCUCCCAGGAGGCGGCCAUCGUGGAGGACCUGCUCUACGUGCUGGUGGGCGUGGACGGCAGGUACAUCACCGCCCAGCCCCUCGCCGGGAGGCAGAGCCGGGCCUUCCUGGUGGACCCCAACCUGGACCUGUCCGUCAGGGAGCUGGUGAACAGAAUCCUCCCUGUGGCUGCCAGCUACUCCACCGUGACCAGGUUCAUCGAGGAGAAGUCCUCCUUCGAGUACGGGCAGGUGAACCAGGCGCUGGCAGCCGCCAUGCGGACGCUGGUGAAGGAGCACCUGACGCUGGUCUCGCAGCUGGAGCAGCUGCAGCGGCGGGGCCUGCUGUCAUUGCCGAAGCUCUGGUUCCACGUGCAACCCGCCCUGCGCACUGUGGACGUCCUGGCCUCCCUCGCCACCUCCGUGGAUAAAGGCGAGUGUAUCGGGGGGGCCACCCUGAGCCUCCUGCACGACCGGAGCUUCAACUACACGGGGGACAGCCAGGCGCAGGAGCUGUGCCUCUACCUGACCAAGGCCGCCAGCGUGCCCUACUUCGAGAUCCUGGAGAAGUGGAUCUACAGGGGCAUCAUCAACGACCCGUACAGCGAGUUCAUGGUCGAGGAGCACGAGCUGCGGAAGGAGAAGAUCCAGGAGGACUACAACGACCGCUACUGGGACCAGCGGUACACCGUGGUGCAGCGGCAGAUCCCGUCCUUCCUGCAGAAGAUGGCGGGCAAGGUGCUCAGCACGGGGAAGUAUCUGAACGUGGUCAGAGAGUGCGGUCACGACGUCACCUGCCCAGUGGCCAAAGAGGUCAUCUACACCUUGAAGGAGCGGGCAUACGUGGAACAGAUUGAGAAGGCGUUCAACUACGCCAGCAAGGUGCUGCUGGACUUCCUGAUGGAGGAGCAGGAGCUCGUGGCCCACCUGAGGUCCAUCAAGCGCUACUUCCUGAUGGACCAGGGGGACUUCUUCGUGCACUUCAUGGACCUGACGGAGGAGGAGCUGAGGAAGCCAGUGGAUGACAUCGCGCCCACGCGCCUCGAGGCGCUGCUGGAGCUGGCCCUGCGCAUGAGUACUGCAAACACCGACCCCUUCAAGGACGACCUCAAGAUCGACCUGAUGCCUCAUGACCUCAUCACGCAGCUUCUGCGGGUUCUGGCCAUUGAGACCAAGCAGGAGAAGGCGAUGGUGCAGGCCGACCCCACCGAGCUCUCGCUGAGCGGCCUGGAGGCCUUCUCCUUUGACUACGUGGUCAAGUGGCCCUUGUCACUGAUCAUUAACAGGAAGGCCCUGACACGCUACCAGAUGCUCUUCCGACACAUGUUCUACUGCAAGCACGUGGAGCGGCAGCUCUGCAACGUCUGGAUCGGCAACAAGGCCGCCAAGCAGCACGCGCUGCAUUCCGCCAGGUGGUUUGCCGGUGCCUUCACGCUGCGGCAGCGGAUGCUUAACUUCGUUCAGAACAUUCAGUACUACAUGAUGUUUGAGGUCAUGGAGCCGACCUGGCACAUCCUGGAGAAAAACCUGAAAUCUGCCUCCAACAUCGACGACGUGCUGGGCCACCACACGAGCUUCCUGGACACCUGCCUGAAGGACUGCAUGCUGACCAACCCCGAGCUGCUCAAGGUCUUCUCCAAGCUCAUGUCUGUGUGCGUCAUGUUCACCAACUGCAUGCAGAGGUUCACACAGAGCGUGAAGCUGGACGGCGAUCUGGGCCGCCUGGCCCUGGAGCACGGCGCCGUGCAGCGGCCGCCCGCCGAGGCCGAGCGGGCGGAGGAGCGCGCCCGGAAGGUGGGGCACGCGGGGCCUGUCUUCCAGCACCUGGCGGAGCCCACGGACGCGCCCCCGCUGGCCCCCAGCUUCGAGGCCACCAUCAGCAAGUUCGACAAGAACUUCUCGGCGCACCUCCUCGACCUGCUGGCCCGCCUGAGCCUCUACAGCACCAGCGACUGCGAGCACGGCAUGGCCAGCGUCAUCUCCAGGCUCGACUUCAACGGCUUCUACACGGAGCGCCUGGAGCGCCUGUCCGCAGAGAGGAGCCAGAAGGUGGCCGCCCAAGUGCCUGUGCCGCGGGGGCCCCCGGCACCAGCGCCCAGGGUGGCCGUCCCCGCGCAGUGAGGCCUGGGGCCUCGCAGCCUCCACGGCGGAAGAGGGACGCGCGGCCAGUGGGUGCGGUGCCGCUAGAUGAGUUCCGGGUCUUGAAUCAGAUGUUCCCGGAACAAGCAUGUCGCGUGUGCUGUUGUGUUUAAGCAUAAAGUCUGGGUGUCGCCUGCACUCAGCUCAGGGUGCGCCCACCGUGUGCGACCUGCGAGCGCACUCGAGCAGGGCAGGGGCACACCCGGGGGGUUGUUUUUUUGGCUUCAAAUAAAGACAAAAUGCAUUUGAACAACAUCAAGGUAAUUGCCAAGCCCUGGCUGGUGGGGGGCUCAGUGGACUGAGCGCCGGCCUCCGAGCCCAAGGGUGGCAGUUUGGUUCCCAGUCAGGGCACAGGCCUGGGGUGCGGGCCAGGUCCCCAAUAGGGGCAUGCGGGA